AUGCCUUUGACCAUGUGUCGACAACCUCUAAAAACUGUAUAUGCAUGAGGUUUAUAUUGUCUCAAUUGCUUCUCGUUAUCAGUGUGUUUCUUUACACACUUCCCUGUCGUCUGUUCUGCACUUCUCUCAGAGAUCCAACCAAUGGAGUCCUUCUCUGGAGAUACAGAAGAAAACACGGAAGAAAUUCCAGGACGCAAAAAGUCCAAACUCAAAUCUUUGAAAACCCGUCUCUUUGGGAGGAGUAAGAGAACAGGUGGAGAGGGGAACACCGAGCUCAGUCAGUCGGCCAGUGACAUUACUGCAGGAAAGGGACUUGGCUCAGAUGGAAAUUUGGUAUGCUCCCAGGGGGUGAUGGGAUCACGAGCAUUGUCCCAUGACAGCAUCUUUCUGGCUGAUCAGGUCCUGAUAGACACCGAACCAGCCAGGGUCUUAUCCCAGGAGAAUGUUCAUGGCAAGAUCAAAGCGCUGCAGAUGAAGCUUCAGCAGCAGAAGAUGCAUUUGGGGCCGCCACCUCUGGUUCUGCCGAUCAGACGUCCAGAGGACCUGGGUAGCCGCUCGGAGGAUGGCAGCCUUCCCCACAGCCCCCUUGAGGUCUCAGGAGGUGAUUUCACAUCCCAGGGAGCCCUCAUCAAGACCAUGUCCCAGCCAUCCUCUCGUCCAAUCUCACCCAUCCCCAAUCCUCCACUGACCAAGUAUGCGCCCCUGACUCCAUCCCGUCCUUUACCUCUUACCGUCCCCUCCAUUUCUUCUGUUAUCGAGCCCCCAUUGGACUUCAGUUCUCCAGCUCAGUUCACCCCUUGCCUGGAUACGUCUGCUGCACGCCACCGGAUGUCUGUCAAGCCCAGAAACCAGAGGGCCAGCACCAAGCAGAGACUCACUGCAACUGAUUCUAGGUCUCAUCCACACACCCUGAACAACAUGAAACACCCUGAGCCCGUGAAAGAAGAGGAGGAGCGGCUCAGUGCACAAGAUGAGGUGACACUGGAAACCAAACAAGGAGAGGCUGACGUUCCUAUCAUAGAUCAACGGCUUCCUUCAAAUUCUGCAGAGGUGGCACCGAUGACGUCGGAAGCAGCACCCAAAUCACCCGGUCUAACUUUUUCCCAGCAGGACCAUGCUCCUCCCGGGAGAGCACCCUCUGUAUGCUCACAGGUACUUCGAGUUAAGCCUCAAAGGCCAGUGGAAGCAACAUCCAGUGAACGGCCACAUUCAUCCUUUAUAGAGUCAGAACUUAAGGACAAAAGAGAGGGGAAUUAUGAGAUACAAGUAAUGUCCCUUGACAAGAAGAAUACCCAAAAAAAGGCUGGAAUGACUGAAGACUCCUCAGACCAGCUCUCCACUGCCUUCAGCUCAGCGUGGGUAUUCAGGUCUUCCUCUGUUCACCAGCAGGUCCUAGGUGAGAUAGAGAGCACGAAAGGAAUAAAGAGACCUGCCCCAGGAUCUGAGUCCUUCCAUUUCUCCAUCACAACGGCCAAAAACUGUGAUGGAGAGAGACCCCGCUCAAACAGUUUUGUGGGAAUCCUGGAACAAGCUGAAGCCAGGCACAAGACUACAGGGGGAGCAGAGGAUAAACCCUUUUCAAGCUUGAGGGAAAAGGAGGCACUUAGAGACUUACAGCCCAGAGGGGGCCCCUUUGCUGUGGGAAGACUGAAACAAGAGGGAGCUCCACCCAAAAGCCCAGUACUUCCAUGGGACAGGGGGGACAGCCUCAAAAAGAUAGAAUCAGUGACAGCAUCUAAAAAUGCAGCUACAGACACAGGCAUUGAAGAGGGGGAGGAGUUGGAGAGCAGCCAGGAGGAGGUGGAAGAGGCAGUGGAAGCAGAGGAGGUCCAGGAGGAAGAAGGAAAGACAGCAUUUGGUAUUAAACUACGCUCAACAUCUCAGUCGAUGAGAUUUUGGUCUGAUGCUCCUUUUAACCAUCUUUCUAAGCCACCAGUGUGUGAAGACCAAUGUGACAAACAGAAAAGACAGGAAGUAAGUGAUAAUCUAGGCUUCAUGUCCAAAAAGCUGCCAACAAACACCUCUUGUACACCAUCCACCUCUGGAGACAUCAGAGUGACAGAUCCAACCCCAUCUGGCUUCUCCCUUCCAGUCAAGAAUAACCUGCCAUCUACAGGUGAUCCACAGAUCAUGCCUGCAGAAGUCCAAGAAACCUCCUCAGACCCCAAAGAAGUAGAAACUGCCCUCACAGUGCCUCAGGAGCCCCAGCCUGCCCCGAAAACAGCCUCCUCUGAGGUGUCCUGGAUGAGCCUAGCAAUGGAAAAGACCAGAAGCCUGCAACAGCUCUUUACUAGUAGAUUCCCCAGAGAUUUCACAGCUGUUCAGAGUGCGGCUCGACCACAUGCACAAGCGCAGCCGACGAAUCAAACAGAGACACAGAUUGGUGCACAGAUGCAGAUACAGACUCUAAAAAUGGAACAAAGUACAACACCAGUACAGACUGCAAAUCAGCCAUCAAAUGAUACGGUGAAAGCAGCAACAGCGCAAAGUAGAAGUCAAGCACAGACUGUUAAACCAUCACUAAUGUCAGUGCAACAGAAGACGUCAACAGCCCCUACCGGUUUGUCAAACACUUCUAGAGAAGCACAGACAUCGAAACAAAUAAAUCAAUCCCAGUCACACUUAAGUACAACUCAGUCUCCCUCAUGGUGCCCGUCUGAUCCACCUUCACGGACCAGCCCAUGGUCAACCCAGUCUCCCGUCUGUUCUUCUACACAAAAAGAGACAUCAUCUCAGUUUGCACAAGGGAGUGCCAAUAAGUGUCUUGCACAAUCUUACCUUUCUUCGGGCCAGCAUGCAACGCCCCAACAACCUCCUUGGAGCAAUCAGGGUCUCCACCCCAUCAACCAGCUCAAACCAGCAACUUUAGUUUCCACCACCUCAUCAGCCCCAGCUCCUCCUCCAGUGUCUGCCUCAGGAAGAGGGGAAAGAGAAGCCAACGUGCAGGAAAAAGACUCUCCUUCACUCUCAGGAAGGCGAGCAGUUUGGGCUGGGUCAGUAAGCGGGAAGGCUGCUUUUCUGGAAAAACGGGGCGAGUGCACCACUCCACCUGGACCCAAGGGGGUGGAAUUGAAGAAAGCUCAAACAGAAGAGCAGACAUCAGGUGAAUCCCCUACCCUGGCCAAAAAAACACGUCUAAUAAGCAAAGACACUAAACCAGAAGGGAGGCAUGGGGUAAAACUUUCAGAGUCAAGCCCCACCAAAAUUCCAGACAAGUCUCAUGAGGACAAAUGGCUCCGGAAAAACAUGGCAUCUUCGGCCCCCACUUCGUCACCCACACAGCCAUCAGUGUUGCAGUCCAUGUCUGACAGUGGCCAGCCGUCCUGGAUGGAACUGGCGAAGAGGAAGUCAAUGGCCUGGAGUGACAAGACCAUGGACUAAGAAAGAAAAGAGACAGAUAUACAGGGUAUGGAAACAAGAAUAUGAACAGCCCUGCAGACAAAUACUACCUACAUGAUGGGUUGGAUGUUUGGUGGGACUGGCAGAAUGAUGUUGAUAUAACUCUGUGGUAAUUUAUCUAGUGAGGCUGAUAUGUCCGUGUAUUGCAUUGUAUUCAAUUGUAAAGUGUUAAUGUUAUACUGAAAGACACAGAGAGAGUAUAUGUUGAAUUCACUAUGGUCCCUCUCCAUCACAACCACUUUAAGAUAAAAAAGUAUUUCUGAAUAAUCUUUGAUCUGAUUCAGCAUUUAA